AUCAGAACUUUGUUUACCCGUUAAGCUCUGAACAUUUUGGGAGUUCUCAUCCCCGGUGGCGAAGUGGUUGUUACGCAUAACAGGAGAGAGAUUCGCAGCGGAGCGUGAACUCAACGCGUGAUUUGAUGGGAGAAAAUAGCUCUGUCACCGCCGCACCACCUCCGUCGUUGGAAAAAACCUCCGCCAUCGAGGACGCGCUUCUCAAGCAAUUCUUCGCUGAGGUCAGCGAGGUUGAGCGCGACAACGAAGUUAUAAGGAUACUUUCAUGCUUCAAGUUGAAUCCAUUUGAAUACCUUAACCUGUCAUUUGAUUCAUCCAUUGACGAAGUUAAAAAGCAGUAUCGUAAGUUGUCUUUACUUGUUCACCCUGAUAAAUGCAAGCAUCCACAAGCAAAGGAGGCAUUUGGUGCCUUAGCUAAAGCGCAACAGUUAUUACUUGAUCAACAGGAGAGGGAUUACAUUCUGAGCCAAGUUGUUGCAGCAAAAGAGGAAUUAAGAUCAAAGUGGAAGAAGCAGCUUAAAAAAGAUACUGCUAGCAAAUUGAAGUCAUUAGUUACUGAGGGUAAAUAUGACCAAGAACAUGAGCAGUCAGAGGAAUUCCAGCAGCAGCUGAAGUUAAAGGUUAGAGAAAUAUUGACAGAUCAAGAAUGGCGGAGGAGAAAAAUGGCAAUGAGGAUAUCUGAAGAGGAAGGCCGCUUGAAGAAAGAUGAGGAAGAAACAAAAGAGAUGUGGAAAAGAAAACGUGAGCAUGAGGAGCAGUGGGAAGGAACUAGAGAAAAUAGGGUGUCCAGUUGGAGGGAUUUCAUGAAGGGCGGGAAAAAGGCUAAGAAAGGAGAGAUUCGGCCUCCAAAGCUUAAGACAGAAGAUCCAAACAAAUCUUAUGUUCAAAGACCUGUUAAAAGAGGUUAACACAUGUACUCUGAUGGGUUUUUACUGCUUCCAUAGUGCCGUGAAUCUCAUUGAAAGCAUGAUUGAACUGGCUUCUUGAGUGUAUGCUUCAACCUUUGUAUAAAGUUGUAUUUGUUGAAAAGCCAAUUAUUGAGCAGC